AUGGAGAGAGAUACCGAGGCCAGUGAAUCAUUGGAACCACCAAUCCAGAAUCAAUCAGAAGCCCUUAAAUUGGAGCUUUUGCAAAAGACGCAAGAGCUGGAAAACAGCAAAAGAAAAACAACUGCUGCAUUAGAAGAAGCUAGAGCAGUCAGGGUGCAGGCUGAAAAAGAUCUUGAUAAAGCUAGGAAAGUUACAGCUCAGGAGCUUGCAGUAUACAAGUUUGGAUUGGAAAGGUUUUCCACAAAUAAUGACUCCAUCAAAUUUUAUACAGGCUUCACACCCUCUGAAUACAUAAAGUUUUUUAAUGAAUUGGUUCAGCCAACUUCAGAAACAAUUACUUAUUGUUAUGCCACAGGGGAGAAGAAAAGCCGCUCAGGGGCACGAAAUAUGCAAGUCAGAUGA